UUUGUCAAUUCUAGAUUUUACCGAGCUAAAUAGAAAAUAAGACUUCAAACGAAGAAAACUUUCCGAAUAAGAAAAGAAAUUUUUUCCACAAACACACUCCCGAACGACAUUGCACCGAGAAAAAUCGAAUCGUAUCGGGGAAGAUGAAGAUCACUGUAAUGACUGCGGACGAGCAGAUCAUCACGCUAGACGUUGAUCGCCACGAAUCUGUCGAAAACUUGAAAGCUCUGCUUGAGGUUGAGACACAAGUGACACUUCAGCAACAGCAGCUGCUAUUUAAUGGAAAAGAGAUGAGGAAUGCUGAGAAACUGAGUGCUCUCGGUGUUAACGAUGGAGAUUUAGUGAUGAUGGUUUCUCAAGGUUCUUCAAGUGCAUCUGCAAAUGACUUGAGCUUCAAUCCAGACGGGUCUGCAGUGAACCCUGCAGCCUUUCAGCAGCAUAUCCGCCGCGAUUCUAAUAUGAUGGCACAGCUGUUUCAGACGGAUCCUGAAUUAGCACAACUUCUUCUUGGAAAUGAUCUCAACAGAUUGCAGGACCUCUUAAGACAGCGUCAUCGCCAAAGAUCUGAAUUAAGUCGUCAAAAAGACGAGGAGCUAGCACUACUUUAUGCAGAUCCAUUUGAUGUGGAAGCGCAAAAGAAAAUUGAAGCUGCUAUUCGCCAGAAAGGUAUUGAUGAGAACUGGGCAACUGCACUUGAACACAAUCCUGAAGGUUUUGCAAGGGUGGUCAUGUUGUAUGUCGACAUGGAAGUCAAUGGUGUGCCUUUAAAGGCAUUUGUUGAUAGUGGAGCUCAGUCAACAAUAAUAUCUAAAAGCUGUGCUGAGCGUUGUGGAUUGUUGAGGCUUUUGGAUCAACGUUAUAAGGGCAUUGCUCAUGGAGUCGGGCAAACAGAGAUACUGGGUAGAAUACAUGUUGCUCCCAUCAAGAUUGGGAAUAUAUUUUACCCCUGUUCCUUCUUGGUACUGGAUUCUCCCAAUAUGGAAUUCCUUUUUGGGCUGGAUAUGCUCCGUAAGCACCAGUGCAUAAUUGAUUUGAAGGAGAAUGUCUUGAGAGUUGGUGGUGGGGAGGUUUCUGUACCAUUUUUGCAAGAAAAAGACAUUCCAUCUCGUUUCCUGGAUGAAGAUAGGUACUCCAAGCAGGCUUCUAGCUCAGGAGACGCUGCCACAUCUGGAGCAAAAGAGAGCAGUAACCCUCCUGGCAGUCACUCUUCUGGAAGUGCACCUGGCAACUUAACACAGGGAUCUGAUUUUGAAGCCAAAGUUGGAAAGCUUGUUGAGCUAGGUUUUGGAAGAGAUGCGGCAAUACAAGCUUUAAAAUUUUUUGAUGGUAAUGAAGAGCAGGCUGCUGCUUAUCUUUUUGGGGGCUGAAGAAAAAUUCAAUCUUAAAGUUUCCAUAGAUUCCUGAAUUAGUGUUGAUUUCCACAACAUUGAUUGCUGAAUUGUAUCAUAACAUUGAUUUUUGCUCAUUCAUUGAUUAACAAAAUUCAAUGAAAACAUGAGCAGUUGAUUUUGUAGAACACCUAAUUAUGCAGUGGUGUUACAGCAGGGACAAUAAUUGAAAAAAUUUAUGCCUGUGAAAA